AAGGAAUUGUGUUCUCAUUUACAUCUCCGCAGGUGUCUAGCUCAUUCAUAAGAGACAAAACAGUAGCGUGAUGUGUGCAAAACCCGUUCAUUCUACUACCUCUCAAUCCAAAGCAGAUGAAGCCUUCGGCUAACGAUGUCCAAAUUGCAGCUGCCUGGGGUCUGCAUUACUUCGCGUACAUACGCAUGGCCCAGGCUACAUUUUGGACCUAUGAUUAUGUUUGUUGUCUUCAUGAAGAGUGGACAUUCCUGCGUCAGUCGCGCUGGACUAGGGUAAAAGUCAUGUAUAUAUUUGCACGAUAUGCCCCCCUUUUCUCCACGACUAUAGGCCUAUAUAUAACCUUCUCACCGGACGAGAACCCCAAUAAAUGCAGGCAGCUAAUCAAUAUUUACACAUGUGCUGGAUUGAUAUCACUCAUUUGCUCCGAAUGCAUUUUUGUGCUCAAAACAUGUGCGCUUUGGAAUAACAAUCGGGUCUUACGCGUAGCCAUGCUGACCACCUCUUUUGCUGUUACUGCAAUUUCCGCCGGUCUUCGUUUUAAAGCAAUAGCCAUCUCACAUGUGGCGACCAGCGUGAUCCCAGGCAUUACAGGCUGUUCCUGGAGCUUGGGCGGUAUCUGGUAUUACAUGUCGUUUGUUCUUUUGCUUAUAUUUCAAUUGGGACUGUUCUCCCUCACACUCAUACAUGUCAUACAGAGCUGGCGGACAGCCAGGGGGCAUCUGUACACUAUCCUGGUAAAGCAUAACAUAUUCUACUAUGCAUGUGGUCUCCUUCUCACGGCCACGAAUAUGCUCAUACCAGUGCUGUUUUCUGAUUCCUUAUUUCACUCGUUUGAAGAUUUGGAAGUCUGUGUCCUUGCAAUCAUCGCUACGCGCAUGCACCUCCAUCUCUGGCACAACGAUCAGCACGUGCACAUCUCUGGUUUGCAGACAUUCCUGUCAAAUACUUGCAUACUCGUCGGAUCGGAGCCCGAGGUGACCGAGUCUUGACCUGGGAGCCGAGAACGUGAUAGAUUAGAAUGUACCCAUAUCGAUUGAAACCAAGAGUGACGAGGGUUAAUCAGACUUUGCUAUCUGCGUGUAUAUACAACGAACAGACAGACGUUUCAAAAAAUAUUCGAGUCGGAUUGAAUGAGAAGAAAGUGUGGCAAAAUGGAAAACAUAAGCUUG